AUGCCGCCCGGCUUCCAGGCGCUUCUGUCAAGGCUGAGCUUUGCUGCUGAGAUCUGCUCCUUUCGAGGGCAGGGGGCAGAUGGACUGUCGGAGCCCGAGGGCAUCUCUCUGAAACGUGUGGCUGUGGUGGAAGAUUUCUUUGACAUCAUAUACUCGAUGCAUGUGGAGAGCUCGUCGGAGCCGGGCAAAGCACCCAAACAUGCCGGGCAGAAGAAAACCUACCGAGCGAUUGCAGAGACCUAUGCUUUUCUCCCAAGAGAAGCCGUGACCAGGUUCCUGAUGAGCUGCACCGAGUGCCAGAAGAGGAUGCAUUUCAACUCCAACGGACUGGAGCCCAAAGAGAGCGAACCACCUUCCUCGUUGGUUUCUGGGAUCAUUGACUACAACAUGCCCCUCACCUCUACUUACCUGAAGCAGAUGAAGCUGCGGGUGAUGAACUCACAGGAGCAGGAUGAGACGUCGGUGAGCAGCGAGGACUUUGAUAUGAACGACUCCACAUGGAUCUCAGCUGACCAGCACCUGAACUCCAGCCUGAGCCCCAGCCAGGACGAGAGCAUGCGCAGCCCGCAGAACCUGCACGGCCACGAGGACGGCAUCUCGGAGGCAAUCAGCCGGGCAGGACCUGGAGAACACGGGCUGCGUGCUCCGGCCCUGCGAGCGGUGCGGGGCCGGGGCCUCUCCUGCCGCUCACUGCCCGGUCGUGGGUGCAGGACCCGUGGGUGCAGGACCCCCGGGGUGCCGAGGAUGCGGCUGGAGAUCUACCAGACCUCCCAGGACGAGCCGAUCGCUCUAGACAAGCAGCACUCCAGAGACUCCACAGCCAUCACCCACUCCUCCUACUCACUGCCAGCUUCAUCUUACUCCCAAGACCCGGUCUACAUCAAUGGAAGCCUGAACUACAGCUACCGUGGCUACGGGUCCCUGGGGGGCAGCCUGCAGCCACCCGCCUCGCUCCAGACGGGCAACCACAGUAACGGUAAGUGGCCACACACUGCACCGGGGCCAUGGGGAGCCCGCGCAGCCGUCACCGUGCCCAGGCAGCGUGUCGUGGGCUUCCCUGCUGCCAGCGGAGGGCUCUGCCCGGCUGCUGAGCUCCCCUCGCCAGCGGGCAGUUAAUUGUUGAACUGAACUUGGAAGGACGGUCUAGGUGGCACUGGUGGAGGGAAGGAGUGUCACUUAAAAAAAAAAAAGAGAAUCUGUACAAGCUAUUAAUUAUUAACAGGAGCGGGCGCCUAUCACUGCCCUGAUCUCAUUGCUGGUAUGAGCUGUUCCCUUCCCAGCCUGCGCCGACCGCUUGGAGACAGG